GAACGGCCAUAGCUGAAGAAGCAAGGAAAGGCUCAAAACUUUUCACAGCUCAAUAUCCCAGCUCAUUUCACCUAGAAUCUCAAACUAAUUUGUGGACUUGCGAGAUAAAGCCUGGUUCAGAGCGACCAUUGUCACAAGUCCCACAAACUCAGCCUCAAAGAAGAGGAAAAGGGCCUUGGUGGAGUACAAGAGCUUGGUCACCGAAGACGGCUCGCAGCAGCUCAAAGAGUACGUUGAUUCGGCUUACUUGAGGCCUGUACCGCCUCCAUUGGGUGACCAAAACUCCAAAACUUUAAGGAGGGUGAUGUGGUCGAUGCGGAUUAUAAAGAUAGUGACAACAAUUCCAAUUACAGAGUGGUGUUUGAAAACCCUCCAGAUUUGAUUGAAUUUGAGAGAGAGCGUCUCAGAUUGCAUCAAGAUUGGGAUGCUGGCAAAUGGGUUCGGCCCAAUAAGCAGGUUUUACAUGGUAAUGGCGGCUGCAGCUACAUCCGGUAACUAUCCAAAAAGUGUUAAGCUUCAUUCUUCCAAGUUUGUCAGGUCCAGAGUUAUAGCUUUGGGUCUUUAUCCCAUGUUUUACAAACCUCCUCAUGCUUUUCGCCUGAAACUCAGUUCUAGCAGUUGUUUCUUCUGCAUACCUCAGCCUCUGCUAGUGAACAAUUUCAAGAUGAUGACAUGGUCUAUCAGAAGCAGUGUGGAUAGCAGUGGGUUAGACCCAUCUCCAACAAAUGGCACUACUGGCACAACACGUUUAGUUAGGGCUAUCCAAGCUAUUCAAACCAAGUUAGGUGGCAAAAUUCGAGAGCUAAGGAGAGGUUUCCUAUUUAAAGUACUCUUCUUCUUGGUUGGUUUCUACUGUGCAACUGCUUAUGCUACUGUGAUUGGGCAAACAGGCGACUGGGACAUUCUAUCUGCUGCCUUUGCUGUGGUUGUUGUGGAGGGGAUUGGAGCCCUCAUGUACAAGGCUUCUCUUCCUUUACUAAUGAAGACUAGGAGCCUGAUAACUAUGUUUAAUUAUUGGAAAGCUGGGCUUUCCAUGGGUCUCUUCUUGGAUUCAUUUAAAUAUGAGUGCAAUGACAUUUUUGGAUUCAGUAGCCCCUUCAAUUUCGAACUUGAUGCAUUUUCAAUAUUCUUAUAACACGUGGCUCUUUCGAAUGCUGUUUACUGAUGUGGAGGAUUGAGAAAUUGUGAUUGGUAAACGUAGGUCAUGACCUGACUGCAAUAGUGGGCAUGGGGAUAAAAAAUGGUGGCAUAGAUUGCGGCUGCACUGGGAAAGAAGAAGACAGAGGAGGUUGGUGCAACCAUGAAGUUUAAGUCAACUGGAAGAGGUUGGUGCAACCAUGAAGUUUAAAUCAACUGGAAA